GCCAAAAUUAUCAGCUCCAAAUGAAUCGUAUUUCGUAUCCUUCGCGUCGCCAGGCGAGUGAUGUCUUCAAUGGAGACCCCUUCAAAAUUCACUCGUACAACUUUCGCUAUGCCGACAAGCCAUUUUAUCCGGUCCAGAACUAUCAAAGAUCUCAGCCACCAACUCGGCCGGCACUGGUGAAGAAGGCCUCCUUCCAGACCUUCUACCAUAAUCCUAGAUUCAGCCAGGAUCCCGAGUACAUUCCGGCGAAAAGGAGUCCACUCACUGCCACCUAUAGACGUCGCCUCCUGCAGGAAUCAAUGGAUAUGCCCUUGGGAACUCCGCUGGGAACGCCGGACAGGCAGAGUGUACCGGUGGCUCCGCAGACGAGGCGUUUACCCACUGCCACGGAUUCCCCGCUCCUCAGGACCUGCUGUCAAAGUGGGCGGUACCAGGCUAUGAGACGUGGUCCGAGCAUUACGACUUUGUGUCAGAGUAGCAAUAAUCUCCUGCGAUCAGCGGGUGGCGUUGCCCUUCCCACUUCCACCACCACCUUCUCCAGGAACUCCAACACCCUUCUGCAGAACCGAAGAAGCGGCUGCGGGAUCAGCAUCAACAUAUGCAGUGCGGAUUCCCAAUCGGAGAUGGACAACAAUGUGAGCAUCAAAAUCGCAACGGAUGCCUAUCUGCUGAACAAUACGGAUAAGGUGAGGACCAAGUCGCAGUCGGAGCGCUGUACUCCCAGAUCCAGCGGCACCUUUGGCAUCGACAAGCGACUGUCCAAGUUCAAUGUGAGCGAGACGAAACCGCGGACGAGUCCGGAAUGGGAGCUCCGGCAGAGGGAAAAGGCACGGGAAGUGGAGCGACAACGAGAACGGGAGCGGGAUCGACAGCUGUUGGAGGAUCGACGCUUGGAGCAGGAGAGGGAGCUUCAGGAGGAGCGGGAGCGUGCCCGCCAGCGGGAGCGUGAUCGUGAGCAGUUCCGCCAGUUGGAGCGCCUGCGGGAUGAGGAGCGACUCAUAGAAUUGGAAGUGGAGCGCGAGAGGCAACGCUUGCGGGAACUGGAGCGGGAAAGCCAGCGGCACAGGGAAUACGAGCAGCUGUGUGCCCUCCAGGAGCAAUCGCGUCGGGAGCAACUGGAGCUACUGCGUCAAGAGCCAAUAAAUCCCCGACCGCCGGUUCCAAUGACCUCGCACUUGUACACUACGACCUCUGAUGAUCGUUUGCCCGGAAUGGCCUUUUGUGACUUAACGUCACGUAGGACUCGGAGAUUGGAGACUGCAACGGAGAAUCCGUCCAGACCGAAAGACAGACGGAAGACUAGAGUUAAUCAGGAUGCUAGAAGUGUCUCUUCCGCUACCCGUUCACUUACUCCCCCACCGAUCCUUAUCCAGAAUAGCAGCUCCCCUUCACCGACAGCUCCAUGCACUCCUACCUCCCGUUCAUCCUCUGUGAAUCGUAUGGCAAACCGCUGCUCCAGUCGUAGUUCUACCCCCAUUCCCAAUCCCCAGGGUAGCGCCACUCCUACUGUCCCAAGAAAUCUAGAUCGCAGUAGUUCGGGAACUUCAAAUGGCAAUGUCCAUGUCACAGUGACCACGACCGGGAGACGGAGCAACUGCAGCAUGAGGCGUUCAUCCCAUGCCCGGGUUAGUGAGCAAAAACAGCUGAAUGGAAAUCAAACCUGCGUCACCUGUCUGAAUAAUAUGCCCAUUAGGAUAACCACUUCUCGAUCCAGGGACACGGAUCUAGCCUUCAGUCUGAACCAUGUGAGGAUGAGGGGAUCUUCACCAGCGCCACGGGAGAGGAGCAGCAGUCAGGAAAGCCAAGAUUCCUGUCAGGUUAACAUCAGCGUGUAUGCGGAUAAACUGCGUUUGAUGCGUUUGUAAUAAUAUAGGGAACAUGGGCGAUUAUAUGCGUGAUUUUGGGACAGAUCAUCUCCAGAAUAUAGAGUUAAGCUGUCCCAGAAGCCGCACAUAUAUUCCCCCAACUUCUCUGUAUUAGAAUAACUCCAAAAUUAGUUGUAUCAUCGCUGUUAUUUGACUUUAUGUGUUCUUAACUUAACUAAAUCCGAAAAUGAUAUUCCAAACUAAGUAAA